AUGGCUGAGUGCAACAUGAACACCCACUUCUGCGUCAAGAACAUCAAUGGGACAUCGGGACCGCGGUACGCCAAGUCGAGCUCCAAGACCGAGAGCUCGUGGCUGGAGAUGUGGCGCCAAGCGACCGGGUCGAACCGACGGACUUGUUGCAUCAACGGCUGCGCGAGAGAGGAUCUGGUUGGCGCUCACGUCAUGAUCACGGACCGACGCUCGGACAACACUUGGUACCUCGCCCCCUUGUGCAAGGGACACAACCACUGCUCCAACACAAAUGGGAUGUGGAUCGCUCGAAACGUCACCCUCAUCCCAGUCUCAAAUUGA